AUGAGGGGCCGUAGAAACUCACAUUCGAUGCGUGAUCUCGAUCUAGACUCGGUUGUUGAAGCUUGUCGUGAGGAACCGGCUUUUGCGCCCUCAUCUUGCCCGAUCGAUCAAAAGAAAGAAUCAGACGCGAGGAACAAGCGCAAACGACACACGCACGCCUUCAGCGACUCAUCCGUCGAGCGAAGGGAAAAGAAAUCGAAGGCGGCAGCAGGUGGCUCGGUGGAGGAGGCCAAUCGUAAAGAGGAGGACCGACAAAAGGGACUUCGUGAGAUACGAAGGAAAAAAACGGGUGGCGAUAGCAGCUCCGGUGGUGGGGUGUUUGACUCUUCGUUUGACAGUAAGUGCACAAGAAAGAACCAAGAGGCUGUUGCCCUCUUUGGUCUCGAUGUAACAGCCAACCACUUUGGUGGUACCUUGGCAGAAAUUUGUGAAGAAGAAAAGGGUAAGAAGAAGCAAUUUUGGAUCAGUGAUUUCAUUAUUGUUUUACAAUUUCAAUCGAGAGGUUGUUGCCACCUUGAUGUUCACCGGAAAUGGUAA